AUGCGUGCAUUUCGCACGAUCGCAUCUCGACUGAUAAGCCGCUUCCUAGUCAUGUGGCAAACAUUCACCUCAGCUGUCAGUCAAACCAUGUCCGUCGGGCGUAUGGUCGGUGCGUUCUCUCUCGUACUACUAUCGCUUACCCAACACUGGCAAAUCGAUGCAAUCGCAUCCAAAGCCAUCUGCGGCCAGCGUCCCAUUGCCACCCCGGGCACCAUCACCUACGCCAACGCCCAGAGCUGGCCCGGUCAGUUUCCGUGGCAUGUGGCACUGUACCGUACGGAGCAACACCUCUCGAUUUCGUACGCUUGCGGUGGGUUUCUCGUGGGCGAACGGACCGUAAUUACCGCGGCCCAUUGCGUCACGGCUCCCAGCGGUUAUCAGAUGGUAGCGGAUGAGCUGAUCGCCCGCUUGGGACUGUACGAUCUGCUUACACUCGGUCGCCAUUCCCAGGAGCAUCGUGUGGGCAAGGUUCGCCGACACGGUAACUUUACGCUUGGCUCACCUCGGCAUGACCUUGCCCUGCUGACGCUGAGGACUGUUGUUGAGUUUGGAGACUUUGUUCAGCCGAUCUGCUUGCCGGUGGAAGCGAAUGCACUGGACGGGGUGGAGUUUGGUAUCGUGUCCGGCUGGGGUUUGACAGAGAUGGAUAUCCCGGCAAGGACACUGCGGUCGACGGUGAUGCCAGUGGUUAGCUUUAUUCGGUGUCUUGCAAGUGAUGCCACGCUUUUUGGACCCAUACUGUACGAGGGGAUGUUUUGUGCUGGGUGGGAAAAUGGAACCAAUGUCUGCAACGGGGACAGUGGCGGUGCAUUCGUUGCCAACCUUAACGGCAGUUGGACAGCGCUCGGAGUAGUGUCCUUCACAGGAAUGCGAGAGGACACUAACGGACCCCAGCAGCCGUUUCGAUGCAAUACUGAAAGUUUAUCCGGAUUCAUUAGCAUUCCCAAAUACCUUGGAUGGAUUGCUUCUGUGGCAAGUUUGGAAGAAAGCGAGCCAUCCAGACACACGAUUACGGACUCCAACACUCCAACGACCGCUUCAGAAAGAAUUAGUGAACAAAUGUGUCAAUCGUAUCGGGAGAGUUGCACAGGAAACGAGGACUUCUCAUAUCUAACGUCAGUGGUUCGACCAGUCCACAUUGGAGGAACUUCCGGUCGGUACGCUCGGUUGGUGAUUGAUUGCUUCGCCGUUCUGAUAAGUGACCGCUUUCUACUGGCACCGGCCAGCUGCUAUGGGAGCACAGCCCAGCAAUUCAUUCUGCUCGAGGUGGCCGGCCAGGCCGUAGACUACCGCAUAAAGACGUUCCAUCAACACCCGAAUUUUGUCAACAACGGCCCAACGCAGGACCAAAGCAAUCUCGCGCUAAUCGAACUGGAACGAAAGGUGUCCUUGUCCACCUGUCAGUUUGUGUGCCUUUGGACCGGUGGGGUGGCAAGUGAACCGACCAUACCCGACAACAUCUUUCUCCACUCGGCCGUGAAUGUUUCGGCCGGUGACAAAUCGAUCGAGUCUUCGGAGGUGACAUCUCGGGGGAACCGAUGCUACGAUGAGUUGCUAGCGCCCAGGGUGAUGCAGCAGCAGCAGCAGCAGCAGCAGGGUCUGGAUGGCAGCAGGGACGAUCGAUUGGUGGGCAUUGUUCUCGAGCGGACCUGUACGAAAAUACGCUUCAUCAAGGUAGCUCCGUUUCUUGGCUGGAUCGAGCGGAUUGUGUGGCAGGGACACAGCGGACACACAAGAGGCACGCAAGUACACAACACAUCCGAUUGA